AGCGCCGGAAGAGGGAGCAGCCGCUAACCCGGAAGUGGUUGCGUUCAAGUGCCCUGGUGGCUGUGGUGGGGCCGCAGAGUCUUUGGAGGUGGCUGCGGCGCUAGGAUGAACGCCCCUCCUGCCUUCGAGUCGUUCUUGUUGUUCGAAGGCGAGAAGAAGAUCACCAUUAACAAGGACACCAAAGUACCCAAUGCCUGUUUGUUCACCAUCAACAAAGAAGACCACACACUAGGAAACAUUAUUAAAUCACAGCUGUUGAAGGACCCACAGGUGCUGUUUGCUGGCUACAAAGUUCCCCACCCCUUGGAGCACAAGAUCAUCAUCCGUGUGCAGACCACACCAGACUACAGCCCCCAGGAGGCCUUCACCAAUGCCAUCACAGACCUCAUUAGCGAACUCUCCCUGCUGGAAGAGCGAUUCCGGGUGGCCAUCAAAGACAAGCAAGAAGGAAUUGAAUAGUGGCCAGUUCCUACCCUGCACCAGGCCCUUUUCCAGGCACCAAGUGGAAGAGAGCAGCUUCUCCCAACUGUGGCCUCCUUGGAAAUAUCCCAGAGACCCCCCUCACCCCUGACACUGAUCUGUCCUGUACAUAGAUUCUUCCUAAUAAAGUUUCUUCUUCCUAACAAA